GUCUUAUCUGACUCAUAAUAAAUCUCAUUGACAUUUAAGUGAGAAAAAAAGAGAAAGAAAUUGAUGUGAAAAUAGUUUUGCAAUGUCGUGGAUUGAAUGGACUGAUAAUAAAUUUCGAGGCCUGGACCUUACUCAACUUAAAGUUGAUCAAGCAUAUUUGAAUAUCAGUAAUCAUCAGUCGCAGAAAUAUUUUCUUUACUCUCUGUCUGAGGAAUGCAUAAAAUGCCCAUUCCGUUUUAUUAAAGCAAUCAGACCGGAAAAUGAUACAUUAGUGAAAUUAAAUACCAAUAAAGGUUUCGAGUUGCGGUUGUUUUGGAAAGAUCAUGGACAGUACGUUGAUCCAAAGAUUGUUAAUGAUGACUUAUUUUGGAGUGGUCAGCCUGAUUUUGGGGAAUUUGGUGUCUAUGAUUUAUUGAUUAAAAAGACUGGACCUGCGAUGCUUGAGACGGCUAAGCAACCGGUGGAAACUUUAAGUUCAAUUCUCUUCAUAUCGAUCUUUCUCAUCUGUUUCUACUGGAUAUGCAAGGUCAUCAACAUCGUCUACAUAUCACGACCACGCAAUGCACAAGAGGCAACAGAAAAUCCGAUCCAAGAGUCAUCAUCUGAUAAUGAACUUGAUGCAUCAAAAGUUAAGAAAAGGCUAAGAAGUUUGGACAUUUUUCGUGGUGUGGCAAUUGUGUUGAUGAUUUUUGUUAAUAGCGGCGGUGGUCACUAUUGGUGGAUUGAGCAUGCAGUAUGGAAUGGAUUACAUUUCGCUGACUUAGUAUUCCCAUGGUUUCUAUUUAUUAUGGGUGUAUGCAUUCCAUUGAGUAUUAAAUCACAAGUUAAUCGUCAGAUUCCCAUAAACAGCAUCGUAAGGAAAAUAUUUAAGCGGUCAAUAACUCUAUUCUUCUUGGGUUUAUGCCUGAAUACUCUUUGGGGUGCAACGUUCCAAAACAUUCGUAUUUUUGGAGUUCUUCAGAGGUUCGGUGUUGCUUACCUCGUCGUCAGUCUGAUACAUCUAGCAUUUAUGAACAAUUCCGUCAACGCAGAGACAAGAAUUCAACAAUUAUUCUACGAUGUUCGAAUGAUUUGGAGACAAUGGCUUGUAAUCUUGUCUCUUAUUGCUGUCUACUUGAUCUUCAUCUUUGGAGUUAAUGCACCGAACUGUGAUCGUGGAUAUCUUGGCCCUGGUGGCAUCCAUGAAUAUAUGAGUCAUAAGAAUUGCACUGGAGGAAUUGCUGGAUAUAUUGACAGAACAAUUUUGGGUUCAAGUCACUUGUAUCAACGUGCUAAAAUUCGUUCCGUUUACGAUGCUCUUCCAUUUGAUCCUGAAGGACUUUUUGGAUGUAUUAUGACUUGUGUACAAGUCUUUUUGGGGGUUCAAUGUGGAAUGACUUUGAUUGUUUAUGCAACAGCUAAAGAAAGACUGAGACGUUGGAUUUUAUGGGGAUUAGGAUUAUUAGCACUAAGCUGUGUAUUGACUUUAUUCUCAGUGAAUGAUGGUUUCAUACCAAUCAAUAAGAACUUGUGGUCAUUAUCUUUUGUGACUGUCACAGCUUCACUAGCUUUCCUGCUUCUCAGUUUAAUUUACUAUCUUGUCGAUGUUAAAAAUAUCGGCGAUGAUUUUUGGACAAUUUUCUUGUAUCCAGGAAUGAAUGCAAUUGUUUUGUACGUGGGUCAUUCAGUCUUCCACAGCAUGUGGCCAUUCCAUUGGUCUCUGGAUGUUAUGAACACGCAUUUUGUACUUCUUUUGGAAAACCUUUAUACUGUAAUUAUUUGGAUCUUAAUCUCACACUGGCUGUAUCACAAAAAGAUCUUUUAUAACGUUUAGCCAAGCUUAAUUAUUUUUAUUUUGAUUUUUUUAUGCUUAAAGGCUAUUAAAUAACAAUUUUUUACACACAAUUUGAGACUUUAAAAAAUGGCAGUGAAGAUUCUUUUGUUUGUUUGAAGAAAAUUUGAUGAGAGGAGGAAAACUACUCAGCUCAGAAUUUCUGGUUGUUUCCUCUUGUAUUUUUACAUUUUUAAUUUAAUCAUUUGUUACCAGUUUAUCAACCAUUGAUUAUUAACCAAAAAGCUUCUUUGCUUUACAAUUUACAAUUUUUUGAUAUUUUAAACGCAUCAAUUUGAAU